CAGGACUGCCUCUGAAUCGCAGUCCAGAAAGAAGAACCAAUCGUGUUGAUUUAAGUUGAACAUUUGUCUCUAAGGUUAACAGCAAAGCCAUGCCAGUGCUUUCAGAAGACUCAGGAUUGCAUGAAACUUUGGCCCUUUUGACAUCUCAGCUGAGGCCUGAUUCAAAUCAUAAAGAAGAAAUGGGAUUCCUUAGGGAUGUCUUCAGUGAAAAAAGUCUCAGCUACCUGAUGAAGAUUCAUGAAAAACUCCGUCAUUAUGAAAGACAGAGUCCAACUCCUGUUUUACAUAGUGCAGCAGGAUUAGUUGAAGAUGUAAUAGAAGAAUUGCAGACCGCACCAGUGAAUAGUGAAGAAAAAGAGCUACUUCAGCUGUUGUCAACACCACAUCUCAGGGCCAUGCUUGUAGUACAUGACACUGUAGCACAGAAGAACUUUGACCCAGUCCUUCCACCUCUACCUGAUAACUUUGAUGAUGAUUUUGAUGAGGAAUCGGUGAAAAUUGUUCGGCUAGUGAAAAAUAAAGAACCUUUGGGAGCUACCAUCAGAAGAGAUGAGCAUACAGGAGCUGUGAUUGUAGCAAGGAUCAUGAGAGGUGGUGCAGCUGAUCGCAGUGGUCUUGUCCAUGUUGGAGAUGAACUAAGAGAAGUCAAUGGUAUUACUGUGCUUCACAAACGACCUGAAGAAAUAAGUCAGAUUUUGGCUCAGUCUCAGGGAUCAAUAACGCUAAAAAUAAUUCCAGCCAUCAAAGAAGAAGAUCGUCUAAAAGACAGCAAGGUGUUUAUGAGGGCACUUUUCUGCUAUAAUCCCAAAGAAGACAGAGCCAUUCCCUGCCAGGAGGCUGGGCUGCCAUUUAAGAGACGGCAUGUCCUGGAAGUUGUAAGCCAAGAUGAUCCCACAUGGUGGCAAGCAAAGCGUGUUGGAGAUACCAACCUCAGAGCAGGCUUGAUCCCCUCGAAACAGUUCCAAGAAAGACGAUUGACUUACAGAAGAACGAUAGGCACGCUGCAGAAUCCCAGAACUGUGAAGAAACCAUUGUAUGAUCAGUCUUCUGAUAAAGAAGACUGUGACUGUGAAGGAUAUUUCAACGGACAGUACAUAGCUGGCUUACGCAGGAGCUUUAGAUUAAGUCGUAAAGAGAAGGAGAACAGUCUGAAUGAAGGAAAGCAAGCAGAGCAGGCAGACACAGCAGAGUUCCUAACAUACGAAGAAGUCACAAAAUAUCAGCAGCAGCCUGGUGAACAGCAGAGGCUGGUGGUUUUGAUUGGUUGUUUGGGGGCCAGAUUAAGUGAGCUCAAGCAGAAGGUUGUGUCAGAGAACCCACAGGAGUAUGGUGUUGCAGUUCCACAUACAACCAGGUCAAAGAAAAGUCAUGAAAAAGAAGGAGUAGAAUACAAUUUUGUCUCCAAGCAAUCAUUUGAGACAGAUGUGCAGCAAAACAAAUUUGUGGAACAUGGAGAAUACAAAGAAAAUCUGUAUGGCACAAGUCUUGAGGCAAUCCGGUCUGUGAUGGCCAAAAAGAAGGUUUGUUUGGUGGAUGUGGUACCUGAAGCAGUGAAGCACUUGAGGACUCCUGAAUUUAAGCCUUAUGUUAUCUUUGUGAAGCCUCUCAUUCCAGAAAAGAAAAAACAUGCCCUAAAAUCUCCCAUGUCAGAAGAAAUCUCAGCCCCCCUUGAUGAAGAACAGCAGGAAAUUAUUAAUUCAGCAGCAUUCAUUGAAGAGCAGUACGGCCACUUAAUUGACACUGUACUGGUGAAAGAAGAUCUCCAGAGUGCAUGUAAUCAGCUGAAAACUGUGUUAGAGAAACUAAACAAGGAUUCAUUUUGGGUGCCAGUCAACUGGGUUAGGUCAUAGCUUGUUAUCAUCUGUUGAAGGGAAAGAUUGUAUAAAAAUGUCUUGUAAAUAUAUGGAUUAGAAAAGGGAAAUAUGUCAAAUUCACUUCAAAAUUGGUGGUUGAUCUAGAAGGUAAUACAUAAAGACUGUGUUUAGUUUUUCUCAUACAGUCAGAAGCUGACAGUGCCUUCCUGAAUCAAAAUCUUGAAUAGCAGCUGUCAUUUAAAAGUGAAAACUCAGACUAAACCGAUAAGUAAAAGAUUGGAGUGACUUUUAGACUGUAAAUAGUGCAUUUUGUACAGUAAAGUUUCACAGAGGGUCCCACACUUUCAA